AUGUCAAAAACUGAAAAUUUAUAUACCAAGUUGCCAAAAACUGACGAUUCACGCAAAAUGCCAAGAAGUGAAAAUCCUUUUAAGACAACAGAAGCUGACGGUUCAUGUUCACGUAAUUUGCCAAAAACAAAAGUAAACAGGAAAUAUUAUAAUACAUGCUGUAUGGUGUCAGGCGACCAUAUGGAUAACCCCUGGGAAUACGUUCGUCAAGACCUUUGGUUUCUCAUAUGUCAUUGGUUUGAUAUAAUUAAAUUCUUACUCGAUAAUAGUAUUUUCGGGUUUUGUUUUAAUAGCUCCAAAACUUUGAAGGGAGGAGCUGAUGAACUGGAUUUAUCUCAUUUGGCAAAUUGGAGAAGUAUAUUUUUUCAGUUAUGGUGUUUUUGCAACACAAUUCCUUCUAUUCUUCUCUACCCAAUUAGAGAGAUGCAAUUAAAAGAAGAAGAAUGUCGUGAACCUUUGAUAGAUGUAGAAGAACACGAAGAUGAAAGAUGGUUUUUUAUUAACGGUGUCAUGGUAAACAGGCAUUGGUUAGAUGAAAAUUGCAGACGUUUGGAGCGUCGUUUCAAUAGGGGUGUUACAGGCAUUCUUAAUAGCAGUUAUGGUAUUAUUUGGGAUACAGCUGAAACUAUCCUUUCGAGAAGUUUUGAUGAUGAAACAAUACCAGUACGUUGGGCUUCAUGGAAUAUUUUCCAAGCACUUAAAGAUGAUAGUAUUAAAAAAGUUCGAUUGAUCGCUCAUUCUGAAGGUUGUGUUAUUGCAAAUUUGGUCAUAAAAAAAUUAUAUUGGGAAUUGAGCUAUUCAGAAAAAGAUGAAUACGAUGAAAGUCUACUUAAUAAACUUGAGGUGUACACAUUUGCAAAUAUUUCUAGAGAAUUUAUAAAUCCAAAAGGUUUAAUUAGUUGUAUUGAACAUUAUGCAAAUGAAGAGGAUUUUAUUUCUAAGAUGGGCGUCCUUCAUGAAGUUAAAAAUCCACGUUUUCAUGGAAAGAUUUUUGUCAACAAAAAUGCUAAGGGUCAUCUUUUUAACAGGUACUAUAGCCUUAAUCCUCAAGAUUAUGUGUUUUAUAAGAGACCAGAUGAAUGUCACAUUUCCGAAUGUGAGAAAGGUGAAAAUGCUCAAAAGCCCAUGUUCUUACAUUUAUAA